AUCAAUGUUAUGUAUGGAAAGAAAUGGUGAAAAUUAAAGCUAAGAUUUUGGAAGGUAGCAAAUGGAAUCGGAAUGCACGGAAUGGAAGGACCAACAACAUGCGUUUGCACUUCGCACCGGCCCAAUUUCCUUUUAAAAAACGUUAAGCUACGAGGCAGUGGCGGACUAUCUAACAGUGGGAAUAUAUUCGCACCUGCACCUCUAGCGCCACCGGGAGACAUGCAGCUCCACUACUCUCCACUGCCUAUCUCCACCUCCCUCCCCUUCAUUUUUCACUUUCUGCAACCCUACAUGCUUUGAUCAGCUUCUUUCACCAGUCAUAUGUAAUUGGCUUUCUCUUCUUGUUCCUUUUUUUUCUUUUGUUUUCGAUUUAGCAUGCCUCUUCUCCAGGGAGAAACGCCGGAUUUUUCUGCUUCCAAAUCCAUGGAGUAUCGAAUGGAGAAGUUGUUUCCUGUUUAUGCCAUGGGUCUCUCCAAGGCCAACGUGGGGGGAGAUGUUUCGCUUGAAAUUUUGGAUUCUAUUGUGGGUGACCCGAUUUGGGACGCUGUGAGGGAGGAGGCCAAGUUGGAGGCGGAGAAGGAGCCAAUUCUAAGUAGCUUCUUGUAUGCCAGUAUUUUGUCCCAUGACUGUUUAGAGCAAGCAUUGGCGUUUGUUCUUGCAAAUCGACUUCAUAACCUGACACUCUUGGCAACACAAUUGAUGGAUAUAAUUGGUAAGGUGAUACUGAAUGAUAGGGAUAUUCAACGUGCAAUACGCCUAGAUAUGCAGGCAUUUAAAGAUAGAGAUCCUUCUUGUUUGUCACAUUGCUCGGUUUUGUUGUAUCUUAAGGGUUAUCAUUCUCUGCAAUCAUAUCGAGUAGCACAUGCCUUAUGGAACCAUGGGCGUAAAGAGUUGGCAUUAGCAUUACAAAGUCGGAUCAGUGAGGUUUUUGGAGUUGACAUCCAUCCAGCUGCACAAAUUGGAGAGGAAAUACUUCUGGAUCAUGCAACAGGCGUGGUUAUAGGUGAAACUGCUGUUGUAGGAAAUAGAGUUUCAUUAAUGCAGGGAGUAACUUUAGGAGGAAGUGGAAAAGAAAUCGGUGAUCGUCAUCCAAAAGUUGCUCAAGGAGCACUAAUUGGAGCUAGUGCGACUAUACUUGGGAAUAUAAAAAUAGGUGAAGGUGCCAUGAUAGCUGCUGGUUCCCUUGUAUUAAAAGAUGUUCCACCUCAUAGCAUGGUGGCAGGAAUACCGGCAAGGUUGAUUGGACAUGUACAUGAGCAAGAUCCAUCUCUAACUAUGAAGCAUGAUGCCACCAAAGACUACUUUGAACAUGCUAUGGAUGGACAAUCUACUGGGGCUAUGGAUGCGACAAGAAAUGACAAAGAAACUUAAAAGAGUCAUGCAGCAGGGGAAUCUGGUGUCUUGUGACCUGCAUGUCAAAUGCAAUCACUCUCUUCAGUAGCUAGGAACCUGUUUUUUUCCCUUUUUUUUUGUGGUUGUUGGCUUUUUCAUGUUCUUGUAAUCUUCAUAUCAACUAAAAGAACCCGCAGAAAAAUGUAGUGAAUGUGGGAAUGAUCAAUCGUGUAGUCGUUGCAUACGGUUUAUGUUGAACUAGCUGUAUGAAUUUCAUUGUAAUUUAGUUCUAUGUUGAACUAGCUGUAUGAAUUUCAUUGUAAUUUAGUUCAAUGUUUCACAAAUGAAUCAGUUUCAGCAAAA